CGCCUCGCUGCAUCUCCUUUGCCUUUGUUAUGCAUCUCGGUCGGAGUGACUGCAGAUCGGGUCUCCUCCGAGUCUCUCUCGGGCAGAGAGACCCCGAGUGUCAUCCAGUGUUCCAUCGGACAGCAAAUGGAAGGAAAGCUUGACUCCAACUGCCAGACUUCCCCGCGCAGUCUAGACUCCACCUCCUCCCCUCCUCCACUCUCCCACUUCUCCGCGCCAAUGGAUGCCUCAUAUCACUAUCGCGGACUUCGUUGCGAUCAAUAUCUCGCAGCUCGGCGAAUGUCCUACUGCUCCAAAUCCACCCAUCCCCAAGAGGAGAACUGUUGAUAAGAUGUAGUGCAUGAUGAGGGAAGGCCUCUAUUUAUUCGAGGAACUGGCCAGGCUCCGGCUGCCCAUACCCGACGGAUGACUUUCACAAGCACAUCGGUGACUCUCGCUUUUUUUGACUCUUGCUGAUCUUGUUCCGACCUCAAAAUGUCUCUGGCUGAGUCCCAAUACAUAAUUCAGCUCCCCAAGACGCCCUCCAUAAUUGGUGCGCUGGACCCUCGAGGCAUUGUCCAACGAUGGCUCACAAACCUCGAGGCACUCCUCACCACAGGCACUUUCCACCAACUUGCAGCUCUUCUCCAUGAAGAAUCUUGGUGGAGGGAUUUAUUGGCAGUGAAUUGGGAUCUGCGCACGAUCCAGAAUCUGGAUCGGAUACAGGAUUUCCUGUCUCAAAAUCAGCCCCGUGCUGGUCUGUCUGCUUUCCGUGUCCAACACGAGGGCAAGUUUCAGCCAAAGCUGGAAUUCCCGACGGAAGGCCUAAGAUGGAUCACCUCCAUGUUCCUCUUCGAGACGCGCGUAGGCCACGGGACUGGGGUAAUCCGACUGACGCAGAAUGAGGCCGGCGAAUGGAAGGCAUAUUCGGUGUGUACGACGCUGCAGGGUCUAAAAUCCUUCGAAGAACCCUUGGGUCUACGCAGAGCACAGGGUACCAUUGAAACCAUGCCUGGUGGUCUUAGUCAGGGAAACUGGCUUGAGCGCCGUCAAAGGACGAUCAAGUUCGAGAACGAGGAGCCUACAGCUUUGAUCGUCGGUGCUGGACAAUCCGGCCUAAACAUGGCUGCUCGACUCCAGUCCUUAGGUGUAUCUCAUCUUAUUAUCGACCGGCAUGAGCGGAUAGGCGAUAAUUGGCGCAAGCGAUACAGAACUCUUGUCACUCAUGACCCCGUCGAAUACACUCACAUGGCAUAUCUGCCCUUCCCUAAGAAUUGGCCGCAGUACACGCCGAAGGACAAGCUCGCCGACUGGUUCGAAGCAUAUGCCAGCAUCAUGGAGCUCAACGUAUGGCUGCAAACCUCCAUCAAGUCCGCCACCCACGACGACGCCAAGCAACAAUGGACCGUAGUCGUCGCCCGUGGCAGUGGAGAGGAACGCACUCUUCAUCCGCGCCAUCUGAUCUGGUGUACUGGUCACUCAGGAGAGCCAUUGGCCCCGACCUUCCCCGGUCAGGAGCACUUCAAGGGUACCGUCUACCACGCGAGCCAGCACGACGACGCAUCUUCACACAACGUCAAGGGCAAGAAGGUCAUCGUGGUCGGCACCGGCAACAGUGGCCACGACAUCGCGCAGAAUUACUACGAAAACGGGGGCGAGGUGACCAUGCUGCAACGCAGCGGCACCUACGUGAUCACCGCCGAAAAAGGUGUACUAAUGAUGCACGAAGGCCUCCACGAAGAGAACGGCCCCCCAACUGAAGAAGCCGAUCUCAUCGCCGAAUCCCUCCCCUACCCCGUCCGCUUCGCCCUGGACGUCCACUUCACGAAACGCGUCCAAGCCGCCGAGCACGACCUCCUCACGGGCCUCCAGCAAGCCGGCUUCGCCCUGGACUUCGGCCCGGACGGCGCCGGCAUCUCGCGCGCCUACAUGACCCGCGGCGGCGGGUACUACAUCGACGUCGGCUGCAGCCCCCUCAUCGCCGCCGGCAAGAUCGCCGUCCAGCGCAGCUCCGAGGGCAUCUCGCAUUUCACGGAACGGGGCAUCACGCUCCGCGACACCAACCACACCACGCUGGACGCGGACGUCGUGGUGCUCGCCACGGGGUACGAUAACAUGCGCACCACCGUCCGGAAGGUGCUCGGGGAUGGGGUCGCGGACCGUCUGCGGGAUGUGUGGGAUCUGGAUGAGGAGGGGGAAGUUAAUGCUAUGUGGCGCCCUAGCGGUCACCCCGGGUUCUGGUAUAUGGGCGGCAAUCUGGCGCUGUGUCGCGUGUACUCCAAGUUUCUGGCGUUGCAGAUCAAGGCCGUGGAGACUGGGUUGGUGGAGGGGCAGCAGGCGCAGUCGAAGCUCUAGUGGUCAUUGCUGCACAUGGAGAACCAGUUUAGACAUAAAAGGGUAGCUUGUGAUUGGCUAGAGGAUUACCGAAGCCGAAACCUCUACACUUAUACUACGGAGCCUCAGGUCAGAGAUGAACUCAUCAUUCGUAGACCUCUCCCUUAGGAGAGGGACAGACAGUGAAAAUUCUUCUAUA